AUGGCGAGUAGAAUCCCAGGUGAAUUGUUAGAGAGCAUAGGAAAGUGCCUAAACACUAGAACAGAUGUUUCUCGAUUUCGUGCGGUGUGCAAGUCAUUGCGGUCCUCCAUCCCUCGCUUCGAAAAGCAGCUUCAAUUUCCCAUCAAAGUUCUCAUUCGAAACACCAAUGGCAGCAACACCACCUUUACCCUAACCGAGAGCAUUGUCUUUCAUCUUGCGCCUCCUAGAGAUGAUCCUCUUAAAAGAGGUUGGUUGGUUAAGGUUGAAGAAGGAAAAUAUGGUGAAACUCGUAUGUUGCAUCCACUCUCCCAGUUUGUUGUUGGGAGACUGCCCCACACAUUCCCAAAGGUAUUUAACCUAUUGGAAUUUAGGGUUUUUGAAUAUGCAAGAGUUUACAGCAUACAUGAUGGGGGUUGGUGGGACCGUAAUAAUAAGGUGGCCUUGUCCAUGAAUCUCGGUUUCCCUGCGGUCAUGAUAAUUGUCGAUGGAGUAUUAUACCGCGGUGAAUUAGAUGUCGACGUUAACAACUGCAUUGAGGUCUCUCAGUUGGAUCAUGAUCAACAUUAUGAUUAUGAAGAUGUUAUUUUUUACGAAGGGAAGUUCUACGCUGUCUGCCGGGACGGACAAGCUGUAGUGGUUGAUUCUUGUCUGAAUGUGAAAGUAGUUGCGCCACCAAUAUUAGCUUGUUUGGGUGGUGAUCACAAGAAGAGUUUGGUGGAGUCGUUGGGGGAGUUGCUCUUAGUCGAUAGGUAUCCGAGUACAAUGGGAGAAGAUAGUUAUUUAGACAAGUGGCUCGACAUUGAGCUUAAAUUCAAGGUUUUUAAGUUGAACACAGCUGAAAAUCAAUGGAUUGAGGUUGAUGAGAGGGAUGCUUUGAGCGAUCGAAUAUUGCUCGUGGGGGAUGACAGCUGCUUCUCUGUUUCUGCUAGAGAUUUUCCAGGAUGUAAGGGAAAUAGCAUUUAUUUCUCUAAUUUCUUUUACAUGAAGAAUAAUAUGGAGGGUGAGUUUGGAGGAAUGUUUAGUGAGAUGGGAGUUUUCCGAUUAGAUUUUGGCAGUCACUUGCCCCUAACAUAUUAUCCAAGCUGUGACAAUAUCUUCUGCCCACCCCCAACUUGGACUUGGUUGUCAAGCAAGGAAAAGAAAAGGAAGAAGAUUUGGCGUUGGUGCUUGACUGAAGUAUCACAAUCUCCAACUUCCCCAAGCUUGAUCGAUGCAAAGCUGGACGCCGAUUAUGAGCUUUAA